GCACUAGCACUGUAAAAUGCUGAAGCAAAACGCCGUCCUGAAGUCUAUAAACUGACAUACUGCGACACUAGGAGUAUCGGGUUACUGCGGUUCGCUGACCUUUGACCGGAAUUCUUAGACAACCUCCAUGUUCCUUCCGGGCGAACUCUCUCCGCUCCGCCAGAUCCAGAAUGUGACGUGAGGAGGUCUUAAGAACAUUUCCAGGCUCUUGAGAAAGUCGCGACAUUUCUCAGACCAUCUUGAACGGGACGUGAGAAAGGUUGAUUGUCAAGAUGCCGCCAGGUCGACCUCAGGUGUUCGGUCUCAGCAAGGAUGUCACCCUGGCCGUCCUUCCCAGGCUGUACAUGGAAGAGGUCCUGACAGAACUGGGCCGGAGGGACAUCGACUACCGGCAGGUCCUGAUCACGACGCUUCAUGACGUCAUGGUACGGGAAUACCAGCAGCUCGACAGCCAAUCCGGGCCCACCACCCCUGACGUCACGUGCCACGUGACCCGGAGAGUAGGGUACGGCGGCAUGUAUGACCCAUGGCCUUGGGCCGGUGAGCUAGUCGGAAGGCGGGGAGCGCCUAUAGAAAUGUACAUAGAGUCGUAUUCAGAAGGAGACACACACACGGACGCGCCCACAGAUUUAAGCAUGCGGUCGGUAAAUAGUAAAGAUUUGAAAGACCCAGAGCGAAGAGAUACAAGGGAAAGAUACCACAUCACCACAGCAAGGCGUACAGACGAGGAACAGUGGAACCACGAACAAGCAUACACUCGAUACAACACCCAUCGUCAGGAGAUGUCUCAUGACAGCAUGCCGCAAGCGGCCGAAAUCAGGCAUAUACUCGAGAGGCCUUCGUCGGAAGACGAGAACCCGUCGCCGCUGGAAAGUCGGGAGGAAUACGGGCGUCAUCUUUCCACAUCGCCGGUGUCUCAAGAUGGAGAGCAUCGCUGUCGGGAACAAGAGGAGACCAACGCCACACUUUCGUCGGAUGCGUCAGCGUCUCCGGACACAGGACAGUCGCUAAAUAGCAAUACCACUACAUCCACUACAUGUACGGUUCCGGAGCGGACGCCGUCUGGACACGGGGAUCAAGUAGAAGAAAACACCGACGACCCCGGCCGGUUGGUGUCCAUUGAAAGAUAUAUCCGCUGGAGGUCUAGAAAAGGCUACAGCCGGAAGAAAAUCACACACAACCUUCCAACGCUACCCGUGCCGCAACACUUAUUAUCAUCCAACCAGAAGCAGACAGAGACAGACGACAGCCCUUUGAAUGUCUCCACUGCAUCGGUGCAAAAGAAACCCAAAGGAAAGCGAAAAGACGCGUGCGAGUCCCAAACUGCAGGAGCCACAGAUGAAGCGGUUUCUUCUAAACGACCAAAACGUCGUGCAAGCAGUGACUUAACGGUACGUCACGCGAAUGGCCCUACUGAACCUCCUGUGUCAGAGGAACAAACGUCACCCUUCCGUAGACCACCAGAAACACAGAUCGUACAAUAUCGCGACCUGUCCAUAGACCCGCCUUCAGAAGACCAAAUCCUACCGUACUGGACACAACCCAAAGGUUCACCCUUACAUAUUGAAUGGGUGUCUUCACUUAAGAACGGCUCGGCCGAGUCAUGGAAGAAGGGUAUCGAAGGUGAGGGGAAAAGUGAAAAAGAUCUGCCCGGCAGCAAGUCCAGUACCCCUCCGGAGUCAUCAGAAAAUAGUGCGGCGACUGCAAGUGACUUCUCUAGCUCAGAAAUGCCCUCGUUACCGGUGACGCUAAACAUGUUAGCCACUCGCCGACACCCUCAGCAAUUGGAUAUUGGUGUGGAUCCAGCAAAACAGCAACCAAGAGCUUCACAAUCGCAGAAAAUAAUCGCGACAUCCCCCAAGCAACAGGAAGAUAACAGAGCACCUACAAAACAAGAGCAAGCAAAGUCGACCGUACCCGAGGAGGAAGCGGCACCGACAGCAAUACAACCAGAGCACGGCGACGCCAUAACAAGUCAGUCAUCUUUACCCACAUCACUACAAGAAACAGGUGCCUCUUUACAGGUAGGAGAAAGAACAUCACAGACACGGAACCAUUCUCUACAGCAGUUCGCCUUACCGGGAAUGUGGCAGCAAAAAGAAAGGGACACAUCCCCGUACGCUGUGGCUACUGGUACCACAUCUAAAAUGCCACUCGACACUGUCCACUCUUACCAAACAGAAAGAGAAAGCGGGCGGAAACAUUUAACGAUAUCAAAAGAAGUCGUUGCGUCGUUUCAAAGGCUAGAGGAAGCACGUCUACGGGGGUUUUCUGGGAAUAGAGUCGACGACAGCAACCAUCCUGACUCAAAAUAUACGGAAAAGGGUGACAAAAAUUCGCAAGAAGGAAUGCCGCCAGACAUUGCCGCUUCCGACCCAAAAGAGCCUAGUCAUGAGGCUAUGGACAGCAAUGCUCAAGACAGCGUGUUGUCGUCAGUUUUGAGGGAAGCAGUAAUUUACAAGAAACGUGAAGAACAUAGCGGCAAAACUUCAAUGGAAUCAUUACAUUCCUCUUCGAUACCAGCAGGACCCACGGAAAGACAACUACAGACAAGCGACAAACCCCUAGGUUUACGACCUGCCGUUUCUUCCUACCGACCAGCAACAGAGGCUCAUAUCGAACCCAUGUCUUCCGAACCUAGUACUUCCUCUGAGAGACGACUCAACCACCAAACGUCGGAGGUUUGCGGGCCAUCCGCACCUUUCCCUUACCACAGGCAGAGUAACAGCAGUCCUGGGACACAGGCUCACGAUGGCCCGCCUUCUACUGCAGCGUCAACGUCUCAUGAAGUCAUGCCUGGGUUCCAAAAGCUGGUGCAGAUCAAUGGCUCCACUGUCUGGGUCCCGCGUGCGUUUGCCGCCGUUUCGCCCCUAACAUUCCCUCCUGCACACGUUAAUCCUGGACGCACGAGCCACGAACACCAGUCAUCACCGUCUUCUCAUGAGGCACAAGUGGAGAACACCGACAGGCGUCUACAGAGAGAGCCUGUACCAAUGGAGCCUCAAGAAGCCAUACCAGCUCGCCACCAAGUGGACAACGCUAGAGUUGGCCCGCGUGAACACCAAACAUCAGCAGAACAGUAUCCAUACCAGGAACAACCGCCGGAUUUUGUGACACAGAGAGACAUCAACUUGGUGAUAAAACAGGAGCCACUGUCACCGCUGAGUGACUCCGUGAAUGAGGAAGAGAGGGAGUUGAUCCAAGGUGUCCUCAGCGGCGCUUCUCUGACGGAGAGUCUGGAACAACAGAUGCUGAACAGCGGUGACGCACCGAGGGACAUGGACGGUCAGGAUGGGUCAGAGCAGCAAACAGGUGCUGAUGAAGGCUCGUCUUCAGCGACCUCUGACGUCACGGAUGGUGGGCGGAAGUGGCAGAAACUGUACCACUGCCCGCUGUGUUCCUACUUCACCCGUCACCGUGGCAACGUCAAACAACACGUGCGCGUCCACACCCGCGAGAGACCCUUCAAAUGCCCGCUGUGCGACUACACGGGCGCCCGGAAGGAGCACGUCCAGGUCCACAUGAAGCGGCACACCGGUGAGAGGCCCUUCAAGUGCGACCACUGCGACUACCGGACCAGCCGGAAACCGGAUCUGGUGAAGCAUCUCCGCACGCAUUCCGGAGACCGCCCGUAUGCGUGCCCCAAGUGUGCGUACCGGGCCGCCGUCCAGUCGGCUCUGGUCAACCACCUGAGAACUCACACGGGGGAGAAACCCUACAAGUGUCCUUUUUGUAACCACUGCUCGGCCAGGAGAAGGGAGCUGGCCAAACACAUGGGGAAGCACAGUGAAGAAGAGAAAAAUCGCGCAGUCGAACAAUACAGUAGAAGAUAAACAUUUAAUUUUCUGUUUUACACAGUCUUUUUUUAGUUGGUGCUCACCUGAUAAUAUUUUUAAUCUAAGGACAAAGUAUAGAAAUUUUAAUCCAAGGACAAACAUGGAGGUAGAAUUGAACAUAAUGAUAUCCAAUUCAUGUUCAAGUCUACCUCCAUGGGAA